AUCGUCUCUAAAAAAUUGACAAACUCGAAAGAAAGAAAGAAAGAAAGAAAGAAAGAAGGAAUUGGGCAGGCCAGGCGGCAGGGCAGGUACCUUCUCUUCCCUGCACUGCAACCAGUCUCUCACUCAAUAUUGUUCUGUAAUUCGUGAGGAAAUUGUUGUUGUUGUAACAAAGUGUGAUAAAUUAUAUACCUAUCUACGAUGUCUACAGAAGAGGAACCGACAGACUUAGACUGGGUGCAACUACGUCGUGAUAUGGGAGUUGCAGCUGUUCAUAUUGAAACGAAUAAGGAAAAGUUUGAACGAAAGUUUACCGAAAAUCCGUUUGUGCCAAUAGGAUGUGCAGCUACAGUAGGAGCAUUGUCAUAUGGUCUAUGGAGUUUUAGAACUGGAAAAACAAGAAUGUCACAACAAAUGAUGCGUCUUAGAAUUGUAGCCCAAGGGUUCACUAUUACUGCUCUUGUAGUUGGUGUAUUGAUGACGACGGGAAAAAAUAAUUUUUAGAUUUUUUGCAACCAAAAAUAUUGUUUGUCUACCUCCCUAUUCCAAACACUUAGAAACUACAUCAACACAAAAUGUUCAUUCAUUAUAAACAAAUGUAAAAACAAGUUAGACUUAAUUAAUGUCUAUAUUUUACGAGCACUAUUGUUAUUUUUAAAGUACAUACCAUAAAUAAAUAUUUCUAUUUAGUCAA